AUGAAGGGAAGAGCUGCCUGCGGAGCGGCCGAGGCGCAGCAGCCGCGUCCCUGUGACCGGUACAAGCACGCCUGUGCCGUCUGCAGAGGCUUUGUUUAUCUCUACGGAGGGCACGGCAGCACCACGCUGAGGGACUUCUGGAGAUACCACACAGUGAAAAAUGAAUGGGAAAUGUUGGAUUGCUCAAGAGAUGGUCCAGAAGAACUGGAAGAACAUUCAAUGGUGGCUUAUAAGGGCAGCCUGUAUAUUUUUGGUGGGAUGGUGGAUUCUGCUUUCACACAAGCAAAAACUCCUCUCUGGCUAUAUGACAUUGAUUCCGCAAGAUGGACAGAGAGCUGCAACGAACCAGCAGAGACGGAGAGCUCUGCACCAGCUAACAGAAAAGGUCACAGUGCAGUUGUGUACCAUUCCAGCAUGUACAUCUAUGGGGGAUACUUUGGCAUCAAAGGCAUUUCUCAGGAGUUUUGGGAAUUCCAUUUUGAUACAAGGAAGUGGCUGUGUGUCUCCAGCCCCUGUCACAGCAGCGGUCCCGGAGCGCGGCACGGCCACUCGGCAGUGGUUUAUCACACAGCCAUGUACCUCUUUGGGGGGCUGCUGGGGCUCACUGAACAGAGGGACUUGUGGAGGUGGGACUUUGGAAGCAGCAGCUGGUCCAGCAUCAGAACAAGCCAAGGACCUCCUCCGAUGGUAGGUCACGCUUCAAUAGUCUGCAAAGACUCUAUGCUGAUUUUUGGUGGAGGGAUUUCAAAUUCCAGCCCUUAUGAUGACCUCUGGAAGUAUCAUUUCCAUACGCAGACAUGGAAGAAGCUUAGUAGUACUACAAAGGGAAACUUUUCUCCUAAAAUGUAUCACUGCAUCUUAGGAAUUGGUGUGGAUUUCCAAACUACCUCAGAUUUCACUGAUGCAUUCCCCAGCCACUGCAAGAGUGAGCAGAGGGACCAUCCCCAGCUGGUGCCCAUCCUGAGGCACUCUGGCUUUUGCAGCUUCUUCUGCCCACAGCCCACAGAGCGGAGCAACACCAUCGAAAUGAAAACCUUCAGCCUGCCCCUGGAGCCAGCAGAAUUCCCUGCCUCCCAGGCCACUUCAGAGACAGGACUAGGCCCAAAGAGAGACAGGAGCUGUUUGUCCAAGGACAAGUCUCUCCCUCUGUUGGCCUGUUCAGGAGAGGCUUUUGCUGCUGCUCAGGCUGUGGGUAAAGAGGAGAGACCUGACUGGGGGUGUGUGGCCACGGGGGGUGGGAUCAGCAGGACCAACACACUGCUGCUCAUCGGGGGCAAACCUUUGUCCAGCUUCUCUGAGAUCUCCUUCAGGCAAAUGGAGUUUGAUUGCUUGUGAUUGCUUUGCUUGCAAAGUGAAGGAAUAAAUUUCCACCACCGUGGCAGUAGGUGGAAAACCAACUGCUUGCAACUGUCUUCAGCUUCCUAUCAGCACGCUGGGGAAAAAAAUAAUUAAACCUUCUCAUACUUGCUGUGAACAGAUUUUUUACAAUGUUAACAAAACCUGACAUAUAUUUAAGUCACAACUUGCAUGUAAGUUGUGAUUUCUGAGAGGAGCUUGUUGGAAUGCUGCUCUUUUUGUUACUUUUCUCCUGGUCACUUCAUACCAUUUCAAAUUGGCAAUGGCUGAGGCUGCCUUCAGAAUCAGAACUGCAGUAACCCAUGCUGGCUCCACAAGAUGCCAUUUCAGGGACAAAGCUUGCUCAUUUUGCAUGGCAUAAGAGAGAAACACAGUCACAUUUGAGGGGUUCAAUUAGUCUUAACAUGAAUGUUCUCUAAGAUUUUAAAGAUUUUAUAUUCUUGAGUGUCCUUUGUACAAUAUAUUGGCAACAUGAGAUGGCCUAUGACAACAGAACCCAACAGACAAAUCAGCAACUGAAUUCUAGAAGAUAUUCAAGGAUUGUAUAUAACCUUGAGGAAGUGAAACAAUGAGUGCCCCCUGGAAAUCAUCAGCAAGGACCAGAGGAAGGGCAUUAUACCUGUGAGAACAAAGGAUGUGCCAAAUGAGUGUUGGUUUUAAUGGCUGAACACAGAAUCAAAAGGGCUUGAUUUCCCACAGUGGGGUGGGGAGGGAACAGAAAGAGGAGGGCUUGACAGAGUGGCACAAAGCAUGGGCUGUUUCCACUGGUAACUCAUGUUUAAGCCCUAAAGAGAUUUCUGCUUUUCCAACUCCAUCUCUCUUUUAUCACCCUACGUUGCACUUGUUACACAUUUCCUCUCUGUAGUAGUAAGUUCUGAGUUCAUAUAUGGUUUUUCUUUGCUGAAAAGAAAAAGUGCUUGUUUUGCAAGGUAAUAUUGUCCAGCAUUCAAAGCAUUUAUUUCCAUAGAAGUUACUAAAUACCGGCCUUCUGACAGAACAGCAGCUGUCUGUAAGAGCUGCUGGUAUCUGAAAUUACCUGAAAGUGUAAGUUUAUACUUCCAAAUAUUUGACAAGUUCACUUUCCAAAAGAUUCAUAGGAAUAACGACUUUGAAGUAAUUUACAGAUUUCAAGAAUAUUUACAGAUACUUUCAUCAUCUCUUCACAAGUAACUGUCACAUGAAUUCAGUAGGAAAAUUAUAGGUGGAUGUGCAAAAGCUGCUUAAGAGUUAUUUGGACCAUCCAUGACCCUUACCUGGAAACAGAGAGGACUGUACACUACCACAUGAAUAAAGCCUGCUCCAUUUCCUAUCA